AUGCCAGGCUGGCUCAGUAUCCCCUCUCUCUGCCUCCUCCUCCUCCCUUGGGCCUUCACCAUCUUCCACCAAGCCCUGGGGGACCCAGCACCCCACCGGGGCCCCCACUACCUCCUGCCCCCCAUCCACGAGGUCAUUCACUCUCGUCGUGGGGCCACGGCCACGCUGCCCUGCGUCCUGGGCACCCCGCCUCCCAGCUACAAGGUUCGCUGGAGCAAAGCGGAGCCGGGGGAGCUCCGGGAAGCGCCCAUCCUCAUCACCAACGGCCUGCACGCCCGGGGCUACGGGGCCCUGGGGGGUCGAGCCAGGAUGCGGAAGGGGCACCGGUUAGACGCCUCGCUGGUCAUCGCGGGCGUGGUCCUGGAGGACGAGGGCCGGUACCGCUGUGAGCUUAUCAACGGCAUCGAGGAUGAGAGCGUGACGCUGACCCUGCUCCUGGAGGGUGUGGUGUUUCCGUACCAGCCCAGCCGGGGCCGGUACCAGUUCAAUUACUACGAGGCGAAACAGGCGUGCGAGGAACAGGACGGACGCCUGGCCACCUACACCCAGCUGUACCAGGCGUGGACCGAGGGGCUGGACUGGUGUAACGCUGGCUGGCUGCUCGAGGGCUCCGUGCGCUACCCUGUGCUCACGGCGCGCGCUCCGUGCGGCGGUCACGGUCGGCCCGGGAUCCGCAGCUACGGGCCCCGCGACCGGAAGCGCGACCGCUACGACGCCUUCUGCUUCACCUCUGCGCUCCCAGGCCAAGUGUUCUUCGUGCCCGGGCGGCUGACGCUGUCUGAAGCCCACGCGGCGUGCCGGCGGCGCGGGGCCGUGGUGGCCAAGGUCGGGCACCUCUACGCCGCCUGGAAGUUCUCGGGGCUGGACCAGUGCGACGGCGGCUGGCUGGCGGACGGCAGCGUGCGCUUCCCCAUCACCUCGCCGCGGCCGCGCUGCGGGGGCCUCCCUGAUCCCGGGGUGCGCAGCUUCGGCUUCCCGCAGCCCCAGCAGGCGGCCUACGGGGCCUACUGCUACUCCGAGUAG